CCGUUGAACGGUCAUAGGGGCGGCGGAGGAGGAGUCCGGAGGGAGCCCGCGGAGCGGCUCCGCGCCCCGCCGCUCCUUUCAGCGCCCCCCUCAACCCUUCCUCCUCCUUGGUCCCCAGGCUGCCCCUGGGGCUGGCGGCUUCUCGUUGACCGCCCGCGUGCUGCACGGAGAAGGGAGCCCCGAGGAGAAAUGACUACCCCAAACAAGACACCACCUGGUGCUGAUCCAAAGCAAUUGGAGAGGACUGGUACUGUUAGAGAAAUAGGAUCACAAGCAGUUUGGUCACUUUCAUCUUGUAAACCAGGAUUUGGAGUGGAUCAGUUAAGAGAUGAUAAUCUAGAAACUUACUGGCAGUCAGAUGGAUCACAGCCUCAUUUGGUGAACAUCCAGUUUAGGAGAAAAACAACAGUGAAAACGUUAUGUAUUUAUGCGGACUACAAAUCUGAUGAAAGUUACACUCCAAGCAAAAUCUCUGUCAGAGUAGGAAAUAACUUUCAUAAUCUCCAGGAAAUCCGGGAUGCAUGUGGUAGCCGUAUAUGCCGUGAACUUGGUCUGAUGGAGCAGCAUGAUCCAUCAUGAAGAAAGUAGUAUUUCACCAGCCAAAGCUGAGAUUAUAAGAAACCUACCCAUUACGGUCUCCAAACACAUAACUUCCAUAGAGUCUUUCAGACUGGCAACCUCGAUAGACAAAUCCACCAACCAAGGCUCCACUGCUGAAUGGUUUGAAUUCUAGAAGCGAAGGCUCACUUUCUAAAAAGGAACUACCAUAGCAUUAGAUCAUAUGCAGUUUCAUAUUUUGAUUCAUAUUUGUGAAAAGUAUUAUUACUUCAAGAAAUAGGUUAAUCCUCUUUAAGUGUUCUUUAAAAUUCAAGGUGUGUAGCUGGAAAGAAAGCAUUAGGAAAAUCAGAACGUUGCAACGAAAGCUGUGUGUGAAACAAUGAGUUAGAGAUUUAGAUAGGAGACACUAUAAUUACCUUCUUCCAUGCACAAGCCAAGAGAAUAAAACUGUAUCAGGAUUAGGUCAGACUUCCAUUGAAGUUAAUGUGAUUACAGCUAUUAACUUUUUUGUGUCACUACAGUCUACAGAAUAGAUCUCUUGAAUGUCAGGAAUAUAAUUAAACCCCCUUCACUGAAAAGGGUGCUCAGAUUUUUCACCAGUACCUAAGAGCAUGAAUUCCUGUGAUUUUCAGCAGAACUUGUUUUCAAAGCUAUUCAAUGGUUUGAGAAACUCUUUCAAAAUCAGUUUUAAAUACAGUUUGUCUCUUACUUCCCAUAAAACAUUAGUAUUGCUGGAUGUAGCUACUUAUGGUAAUUUUUCCUGCUGCUAUUAUAAUUGCAGUUCCUACACACACACAUAUAUAUUUUUUUACAGAACUGCAGAGUUUAGUCACAUCAAAUCGUGUCUUUGAGGAAGUUUCAAUGCAAAUGUUCCUAUGCAUGCAAUCAAAUAUUGCUUAGGGUAAAAGCAGGCAAAUUGAAAUCCUAACUGCAUAAUUUUAAAUUAAAGCCACAGCCAACAGACUUUUUUGUUUCAUAGGAACUUUAUUUUUGGUUGAAGUGCUGUCUGCAGGUCUUUGAUAAAUGAAUUUCCUAGAUUAUUCUACAUGAGAAAGAGCUGAAAUUUUAUGUGUGGGAGAAAAGGAUGGUGGGCUCUUUUUAUUUAAGCAGUUGACCCACAGCCUAGUAUUAAUACUGGCAAGCUGUUCUGGAUAGACACAAUAUUGCUUAGUUUACUCUACAGUAAAGAUGCAGUCAAAAUUCCAUUGGAGCAGUGGUUUACCAAAUAUUAUUCUUUGGUUUGGCUUUUAUAAAAUGCACACAAAAAUACAUGCAAUAACUGAAGUAGAACAAUUGCAUUGCACGUUGGGACUGUGCUACUAGCCAGCACAGCUGCUUUGCUUUUAAGUACAGUACAGGUGGAAGAACUGGAGAUGUGAAUAAAACCUGAAAACAUUAUGUUCCAGGAAAUAUGUCAGUUCUUGAUCCCUUUAAACACCUUUGAAAUUUACCACCUUUUACCACCAUAUUUAGAAGCUGGGAAAUGGUCAACCAAGGCAGAGGAUAGCUCAGAUUAACUACCACCUGGCUUCCCUGAACAAGCAAGUGAUCUUAGUAGGUAUCAGAGUUAAACAUUAAAUUAAAAUUGUGAGUGGCAAUCAUACUGAUUCAGAGAGCACAUAAAACAUUCUAAAAUUUUAAGUUCCUAAUUGAGUAUGUUUAUUCUAUUGCAAUCUAAACUAGUCUUUUAUUAUGAAGUAGUAGCAUAGUGCAUUUCUCUAAGUUGUUCAUUUUUAGUAACAUUUAAACAGAGCUCAGUCAUUUCCCUGUUUGGUUUUGUUCUGUUGUUGUCUAUCUCAUUUUUUCCAUUAUAGGAGGCACAUUACAUGAGAUUUCCAUUCUGUACCUUAAAAGGUUAUUUGUGAAUGACUAAGAAUACAUUUUCAUCACUUCCUGAUAUUCCAAAAUCUUUUCUUUAUGAACCAUCAUUUGCAAUUACAGUGAGAUCUUUGAGAGACUAGCAACUAGCAUAUUUCUUGAAUCUUAUUUACAUGAUAUUCUGCAAAAACAAGAACAAAGUUCAGUCAUUUAAAUUUUGUUUCGUCUUUCAUCUUUUAUCUACUUGUACUGUACUUUCAUAUGUUCUGUCUUAUGUAGGUUACCUAUCCUGACUAUGCAGUAAGUUACUUGUCAUGGCUUUACAGUCCUUUAUUGUUUUCUGUUUUCUAUUUAUUAUUCCAUAGUCAGAGAAACCUACUAUUCCCAGUAGCUUUACCCUGGAUGGAACUUACCAUAGUCUUUACCCUUUAUUAUCUGUAAGAUUCUUGCUGAAGAUCUGUUCUUUCCAUUUGAAUCUGAGCAAAGUAUUGUUAAAUUGAUGUUUAUAUCUGUUGGGUGGCGAUCCACAGCACAGCUGUAAGACAAGACAAUAGAAGAAAAUUCAUGAAAUAUAUGGAUUCAGUAGAAUGGCUUCAAUAGUAUGAAGCAUCACAUUUUGAGGGAUUACUAUUUCAUUGUGGCUCAUACACAUUUGAGGGACCUGCUUCAUAAUGAGCCAAAAUAUCUGAGAGAGGCAUCAGAUUUGAAUAUAAGAGAGAAUAUCUUUCCCAUCCCUGCACUAUUUUUAUAACAUGGAGUAAAGCUAUGCUUUUACUUAGUUGAAAUCUACUCUGCUCAGCAACACUGGAAAUAAGUAAUGCUUAACAAGCUAAAUGAGUUGACGUACAUGUGUAGAAAUUUUUGACUGUUAAGAAGUCUGAUGGUCAACUCUGUGUGAACAGCUUCUGAAUUUCUGAUUUUUGUAAACCGUGACUUUAAAUGUCACUUCAGUAAUACCACCACCUAAUUUGCUGAAUUAUGUGUUGUUUAGUUAAAGUGUUGCUCUCCUCCUUGUUAUGUUUAGAUUUCACCAGAUGUUCUCAUUUGUUUCUACGUGCCUUUUUCGCAAUCAAGAUUCUACUGUUCUAAUUUCUCAGAUUCCCAUCCCAGCUGUGUUUACCAGCUCUCGCAUUAACUUCUCGUGUUUCAUAAAGAAAAAAAAUAUAGAGGGGGAAAAAAAAAAAGCCAGUAUGUUGUUUCUUCCAUUUCAGUCUUGACUUGUAUAGCUGUGCAUUCUCAUCUCCUUCCUUACCCUUUUCCAAUCCACAUUUGUUUCUUAACUGUGACAUGAGUGAAGAUGGAGGAGUGGUUGUUAAAAAGGUUCCUGAGUGCCUUAUUAUGACAAUUUUGUUACCAGACUAAAUAAAAUAUUUCUGGCUGAAAAC